AUGGGGAUGUUUUGCCCCGAGAAGAUCAUCCUCAGCAAGGCCGAUGUCUUGGAGCGCAGCUUCGAGGAGCUCAGCCGGGUGGUGGACGUGGCGGAGCGCAUGAAGAACUGGUCCGAAGGCUCCGGGGAGCUCGAGGAGGCCAAGGAGGAUCUCUACUUCUAUCCCGCCCCGCGGACACGGCCCCCAGCACUGCGGCCGGGCAUGAAGCAUUACGGGGAGGCCCCGGACGGCGCGAGGCCGCCCUCGCCCUCCGCCACCAGCCGCCGCAAGCUGCGCAUCGGGCCUUGGAAGCGCAACGAUGAGGUCACCAGGAAGAAGAACGCAAGGCUCAUGUGGAUGGACCGCACCUACAAGGGAGAUCGGGAGCACUAUGUGGACAAGCACGUCCUGGGCAGCCGCGACGUGCUGCUGGAGCGGAACCGCUUCCCCUACCAGCUGCCGCCCGGGGCGGAGCACUGGACCAUUUGGAGCAGGAAGGCCAUGGACCACGAGGAGCUGUGCAGCUACGUGGAGGAGCCUUCUCGCUUUAUCUUCAGCAACGCUUAUAAGGAAUGGGCAGCUUCCCCUUGA